UUUCAGUUUUGCUUGUUUUUGUGGAAAAUUAAAAGUGUUUCAUAAUGAUAAAUGAUAAUCCGAUCGAGGAAAUAAGUAUUAUCGUGGAUGACAGACUGGAUGACCCAAACAAUAUUGACGAAAGAGAUCACAUUCCGGAACUGGAAGAAAUCAUUUCUGAAUGGAAACUUGAUCCGGCCAUUUAUGCUAUCCUUGAAACGUACUUUAAUCCCAGAGACGUGAAGGUACAUAAGAAACACCCUACUGGUUUAAUUUAUGACCGCUUCCACAAUCGUAACAAGAAGAAGUUCGUCCAAUCCAGAUCAUCAAGUGACAAGGAAACAACGUUUUUUUAUGCACAAUCGGUAGCUCUAAAACUUUCUCACGAUGAAAUCGAAAAGCUUACUUCAGUAAAAAACUGGCUUCGUAACAAUUCUGCCCCAGCAGAAGAAGUUCAACACAAGUGGAAAGAAACAAUUUCAUUGCGACUGCGAUCAAUUUUAAAUGAGAUUGAUGUCGACAAAGGUGGUGUGCUUAGCGAGUGGCCAAGAAUCCUGGACGAUACUGGGUACUUGUUGAUCGAUUCGGAUUUUGCUGAACUGUUUGGUAAUCCAGAUAAGUUAUUCAACAACUGGGAUUUUUUUUCACAAAAAUUCCUUGACUACGUUCGAAACAACGACAUCAAAGACGAUUUUUCAAGACAAUUACUAACUGCACUGGACGAAUCCGCUAUUAUUCAAGACGGCCGGGAUUUCAUCGUAUGUAUGGUAUUCCAAGCACUCAUCAAACCAACACGGACUUCUACACGUAAAUUACCCACAAUAUUGCAGGCGCAAACUGAUGUCUGUUGUAUAUGCGCAACCCACGAGGAAUACUUAAGUGAGUGGCGUUCACUACGUCAAGAGUUUGAGACAGCAAAACUUCAACUCCCACCUCGUAUCUUCAUUGUUGGAAGUUUCGACGAAAUUGAAGGAUUCUACGUUGUGACAGGAAAAAUUGAGUACAAACUUCCAACGUUUCUUCGUUGCCUGGAUGUCAUUGUUAAGCUGAAGUACGUGCUGAACUACCAAUUUCCUGAGAGCUGUGAGUUAUUCUGGUGCUUCGUGACCAGAUUCUUUUACAAUAUCGACUACAAAAGAAAAUCGAAAAACAAUCAACUUCUACAAUUGAUCGCCUAUCUGGAAACUGGAGAUAAUGGAUUGUCAUUUGUGCCGUAA